ACAUGCCCGAAAUGGAGGCGAGCUCCUGCCCGAGCAACCGCACGUGGCUGCAGGGGACGCGGGAGGCGUUGUCCUGCGGGGCCACCGGCAACCCCGCGCCCACCGUCACCUGCGCCCGCGACGGGGCCACCGUCAGCACCCAGAGACCCGAGCUGGUCACCCGCUCCCGCGCCGGCACCUACCUCUGCAACGCCACCAACAGCCUGGGGACGCGCAGCCGGCUCGUCACCGUCCGCGUGGAGUAUGAGCCCAGCCUGACGGAGAGCGGGUGCCCCGCGCACCGCACCUGGGUGGAGGGCGAGCGGCGCGAGCUGGCGUGCCGCGCCGAGGGGGACCCGGCCCCCAGCACCCGCUGCACCCGCGACGAGGGCCCCCCCAGCGCCGGGGGCGGCCGGGCCGUCAGCCGGAGCGACGCCGGGCGCUACACCUGCCGGGCCACCAACAAGCACGGCUCGGCGCUGCGCAGCGUCUACGUCAGCGUCGAGUACGAGCCCAGUAUCGGCGAGGCCGGCUGCCCGGCGCGGCGGCUCUGGGUGGAGGGGACGGCGGCGGAGCUGGGCUGCAACGCCAGCGGCAACCCCCUGCCCCACGUCGCCUGCGCCAAGCUGGGGGACCCCCACGCCCCCCCGGCCAGCCCCAACGUCACCCGCGCCCACGCCGGCACCUACCAGUGCCGAGCCACCAACGCCCACGGCUCGGCUCUCCGCAACAUCACCAUCACUGUAGAGUACAGCCCGGUGGCGGUGAGCCUGCGCGUGGUGCCCUCGGCCAACGUCUCCCGCGGCGCGAGCUUCAGCGUGGAGUGCCGCGCCGAGGGGCUGCCGGCCCCCACUUUUGGCUGGGCGCUGCCGCCCGCCCCCAACCUGCGUUUCGGCGCCGACAACCGCUCGGUGGCCGUGGCGCGAGCGGCCGCCGCCAACCGCGGCGUCUACACCUGCACCGCGUCCAACCGGCACGGCCGGCGCGCCGGCAGCGUGGUGGUGCGGGUGGACGAGAGCCGGCUGGCCCUACUGGUGUCACUGGGCGUACUGGGCGCCGUCACCGUGCUGGGGUUGGCGGCGGCGGGGAUUUACUACCUGAAGACGACGGCGUGCAAGAAGGGCGAGUACAACGUGCGGGACGCCGAGGGCACCUCGGAAGGCGCCCGCCUGCACCGGGGGGACGCAGGGGGCCGGGGGGAGGUGUUUGGCAUCCAGCUCACCCCCACCUGAGGGACGGGGACGUCCCCCCCGCCACGCAGGGACGCUUUGCGCGCCGCCGGGUUUCGGCCCCGCGCUUGGCAUAGGCUGGGGGUCCCCAAAGGCGCAGGGGACACGGGGACCCCCGAGCUGGGGCAGCUGUCAUGAUGCUGUCCCCAAGGUAAUGGGCUUGGGGGUGAUUUUUUUGGGGGGGGUUGUUGGUUUUUUAGCCACUUCGGCAUCUUAUUUUAUGGAGACGGCAGCGGGAGGGGCCUCACGCACCGAGGCCAUCGCGGCCGCGCUGGGAUGUGCCAAAUAAAUAAUUUACAUUUUAAA